CUCCCGCGGACCGGACGGCGCGGGCGCCAGGGCACCCUGCGCGGUACCUCCCGCCCCGCACGCCCAGACGGCGAGGGACAUUCGACCCGGGUCGGGGGUCGCGGCCGCUCAUAGGAGAGCCAGCACCCUGCUGUCCAGCGUCCAGCCAGCAGCCGGGAAGAUGAGCGCCUGCGGCAGGAAGGCCCUGACCCUGCUGAGCAGCGUCUUCGCCGUCUGCGGCCUGGGCCUCCUGGGCAUUGCAGUCAGCACCGACUACUGGCUGUACCUGGAGGAAGGCGUGAUCCUGCCCCAGAACCAGAGCACCGAGGUCAAGAUGUCCCUGCACUCGGGCCUCUGGCGGGUCUGCUUCCUGGCAGGGGAGGAACGGGGACGCUGCUUCACCAUAGAAUAUGUGAUGCCCAUGAACUCCCAGCUGACGUCCGAGUCCACGGUCAAUGUUCUAAAAAUGAUUCGCUCAGCCACACCAUUCCCUCUGGUCAGCCUCUUCUUCAUGUUCAUCGGGUUUAUCCUGAGCAACAUUGGACACAUCCGUCCCCACCGGACAAUACUGGCCUUUGUCUCUGGCAUCUUCUUUAUCCUCUCGGGCCUUUCUCUUGUGGUGGGUCUGGUGCUCUACAUCUCCAGCAUCAAUGACGAGAUGCUCAACAGGACCAAGGAUGCAGAGACCUAUUUCAACUACAAAUACGGAUGGUCAUUUGCCUUUGCUGCCAUCUCCUUCCUUUUAACAGAGAGUGCGGGGGUGAUGUCCGUGUACCUGUUCAUGAAGAGGUACACCGCCGAGGACAUGUACAGGCCGCACCCUGGCUUCUACCGUCCACGUCUGAGUAACUGUUCCGAUUACUCGGAUCAGUUCCUGCACCCAGAUGCCUGGAUCCGGGGCCGCAGCCCCUCCGACAUCUCCAGCGACGCCUCCCUGCAGAUGAACAGCAACUACCCAGCCUUGCUCAAGUGCCCCGACUAUGACCAGAUGUCAUCUUCUCCCUGCUGAACCCCCGCCACCUCCCUGCUGUACUGUGGACAGCCAGACAGCCCUUCCCCUCCUCCCCUGCGGGCCCUUGAGCCCCAAACCUGUGGCUGGCAAGCCCAGGCCAUCCCCUGCUUAGCUGUUGUUAUUUGACCACAUCCUCUCCCUGCUUCUCCUAGAGUAACUCUCACGCCCCACGAGGAUGUCAGGACCCUGGAGCCAGGGAGCAUGCUGAUUGGCUGAGAGCGCAGGUGAAGCCCCGCCUCUGGGGUGCCAAUCACAGCUGUGGCUCGGCUGUGUCCCCUGCCCGGGAGAGAAUGGCGUUCUAGUUGUGUAUUUAUUCACUCACUCUCAACUUCACGCCCCAGCCAAGGUCAGUUCUGAGAUGCCAAGUUCCUGACAUAACAACCAGACAAGAGUGCUUGCCAACUGGCCUGGCCCUCACGUUCGUCAUCUGGGCCAUUGGGCCAAAAAAUGACUCUGAUAGGGAGGCCUGGCUGGUUCUGAAAAGUGUAGCAGGCCCUCCCCCCACCCCCACGACAUGCUUUCUCCUAUUUUUGUCACACACCUCGCUCCACAAAACACACCUGCCUGCAGACCCCCUUUCCUCUUCUCAUCCUCCAGAGCCCAGCAGCACUGAACCAGGCACUAAGGCUGGGUCUGAGGCCAUGCUGAUGAACUCACUAAGAGGUGUGAACGGCUGUCUUAAUAGCAUGCCCCUGAAUAACAUUCAACAGGGGCCUUUAAUGCCUUAACCCAAAGAGUGACUCUGGCAAUGAGAAUUUGAGUAUUGGUUGGUCUGAGUCAAUUGGUCCAGGCAAUAUGUCUGGUCCCGGGGGUACUGUCCCUGUGUACAAGGGCCAUAUGUCCCAUUGAAGGCCCUACAAUCUAAUCACAUAAACAGGUGUCUGUACCACCUAUGUACAAGGCAGCUUUCAAAGGAGCUACCUGGGAUUUGGAGCUGGAUUUGGCGGUACCUGGUGCAUUUUGAGCCUAAACGAGCCAGGCUCACACUGUUCAGCUGCCCUCCCAAGGUUGCCUGUGAACAGAAUCUUCGAACCGUAAUGCAGGUGAGCAUCUGCCUCCUGGUUACAUGACAUAAGUAGGCAAGUCAGAUGCCUCCAGCAUACUAGGCCAUUGUGACACCUGUAGUCCUGGGGGAACCCUCGCUAGGAGGCUAGAAACACCUUCUGUGAAGCUCCCAGGAGAAAAAUGGCGGAGGAGCCACUGCCAGCCCUGACCCCGUCCAUUCUCCAGGUAUUGGCUCAUCUUGUACAUUUUUGAUUUUCAGGUUUUAGGUAGAAAAACAAUAUCAUGCUCUCUUUGCUGUGUAUUUUUGCUGUGUCUGCUUUGCUCUUUGAGAAGCCAUUAGGUACAAAGCCACAGUGGAAGGCUCUGGCAAGAGGUACAGGAAACCACCCAGCAGGCACCUAGGGAAAGGCAGCGUUUUAGUCAGCUCUGGCUGCCAGAAACCACCAAGACCGAGGGGCCCAAACAACAGAAAUUUACUUUCUCACAGCUCCAGAGGCUGGAGGUCCAAGGUCAGGUUGUGGCUGGACUGGUUUUUUCUGAGGCCUUCCGCGUGGUUUGCAGAUGGCCUCCUUUCUGCCGUGUCUCCCACGGUCUUCAUGCCCAUGUGCCCCUGAGGUCUCUUGGUAUGUCCAGAUUCCCUGUUAUAAAUACACCAAUACACCAGCCAAUUGGAUUAGGGCCUACCCCAAUUAACUAGAUGAUUGAUUUUAAUUUAAUCACCUCCUUAAAGGUCCUGUCUCCAAACAUAGUCACAUUCGGAAGUAUCGGGAAUUAGGGCUUCAAUAUAAGAAUUUGGGAGCGGACACGACUCGUCCCUUAGCAGGCAGGUUGGUUCAUAGCUGGAUUAUGCCAUUUGUGUCAGCGUGGUAGAGGGAAGAGAAGAGACACCAACCACCGACUCACCAGGGACCCCUGGGCAACCCCUCCUGCUGGUCCUGGUACUGUCCCUGCAUACAGGGGCCACAUUUCCCUUUGAAGGCUCUUCCCUCUGAGGAGCUUGGUGGAAAUGGCUUCCAAGCCCAUUCCCACACACCUGCCCACGACCCUAAUGUUGGUUCAUUUUGCUCUUGUGUGUGACUUUUCAACCCUGGCCUAUCAACUGAUAGCAACUGGGAGGCCAGCUCCCACGGCAUCGGCACCCUGCAGUGAUUCUCGGUUCUUUGGUUACUGUUGGCAGAACGACACCCAAGCCACGGUGCCACCUGAAGCAAAGGAACCAGUCAGUGUGCUUGGAGGCCAUGGGGAAGCAAUUCCAAGCUGGACAAUGGUCUAGAUGCUGUCUACUCCAAUUUCUGUCAUUGUGAUUAGCUCCUAAGAUGUCCUUUUCUCUCUCUAAAACACUCUCUGUCUGUCACCGUACCAGGCUUGUUUUUGUGCACAUGGAAAAAAUAGAACCCACUCCUAAACACAGGCUGAUUUUUGACUGUGACAUCAUUAGGAUGGAGUUUUACCAGCCUGGAGGAGGAGUGGCCACCUCAAGGCAUCCUUGCCCUGAGAACAGGCAGUCUGCAGGCUUCUUAGGGACAGGUCAUUUUCCUCUCUCCUGGGGGCGGAGGGAUGUACUGAUAACUGUCCCCUGAGGGCUGUCUCAUUUCCCAUCUGUAAAUCAAUCUCAGGA